AUGAUCCCCCCAACCAACCGCCCUAUCAACCCCCCAACCAACCCCCCAACCAACCCCCAACCAACCACCCUACCGAUCCCUCUACCAACCCCCUAUCAGCCCCCCAACCAGCCCCCCAACCAACCCCCCUAUCAACCACCCACCAACCCCCAACCAACCCUCCAACCAACCACCCUACCGAUCCCCCAACCAACCCCCCAACCAGCCCCCCAACCAACCGCCCUAUCAACCCCCCAACCAACCCCCCAACCAACCCCCAACCAACCACCCUACCGAUCCCUCUACCAACCCCCUAUCAGCCCCCCAACCAGCCCCCCAACCAACCCCCCUAUCAACCACCCACCAACCCCCCAACCAACCCUCCUACCAACCCCCCAACCAACCACCCUACCGAUCCCUCUACCAACCCCCUAUCAGCCCCCCAACCAGCCCCCCAACCAACCGCCCUAUCAACCCCCCAACCAACCCCCAACCAACCACCCUACCGAUCCCUCUACCAACCCCCUAUCAGCCCCCCAACCAGCCCCCCAACCAACCCCCUAUCAACCACCCACCAACCCCCAACCAACCCUCCUACCAACCCCCCAACCAACCCCCCAACCAACCCCCCAACCAACCGCCCUAUCAACCCCCCAACCAGCCCCCCAACCAGCCCCCCAACCAACCGCCCUAUCAACCCCCCAACCAACCCCCCAACCAACCCCCAACCAACCACCCUACCGAUCCCUCUACCAACCCCCUAUCAGCCCCCCCACCAACCCCCAACCAACCCUCCUACCAACCCCCCAACCAACCCCCCAACCAGCCCCCCAACCAACCGCCCUAUCAACCCCCCAACCAACCCCCCAACCAGCCCCCCAACCAACCGCCCUAUCAACCCCCCAACCAGCCCCCCAACCAGCCCCCCAACCAACCGCCCUAUCAACCCCCCAACCAACCGCCCUAUCAACCCCCAACCAGCCCCCCAACCUACCCCCCUAUCAACCACCCACCAACCCCCCAACCAGCCCCCAACCAGCCCCCCAACCAACUGCCCUAUCAACCCCCCAACCAACCGCCCUAUCAACCCCCCAACCAGCCCCCCAACCAACCCCCCAACCAACCGCCCUAUCAACCCCCCAACCAACCCCCCAACCAGCCCCCCAACCAACCGCCCUAUCAACCCCCCAACCAGCCCCCCAACCUACCCCCCUAUCAACCACCCACCAACCCCCCAACCAGCCCCCAACCAGCCCCCCAACCAACCCCCCAACCAGCCCCCCAACCAACCGCCCUAUCAACCCCCCAACCAGCCCCCCAACCCAACCCAGACCCUCUCCCCUCUCCCCUCUCUCCCCCUCUAUCUCUAUCUCCCUCUCUAACGUGUUUCCGGAGCUAGGACCGGGGCAGUCUCCCAGCCAAAGCGCCCGCAUUUAA